AUGUUGCCAGGAAGGUUUCUCGGUCAGAAGAAGGUGAGGUCACUGGCAGGUCUGUCCACAACCCCAAGAACACCAACGCCGGCCGCUACCUCAAGACCUUCAACAACCGUGGAUCUGCUCGUGGCCUCAACAACGUCGCCGAGGGCUGCCAUGCCUGGGGCCUCGAGAUCGUCAGCAAGGGUGGCUUCCUCCACCGCAUCAAGAACGUCAGCAAUGGUAGUUCCGCCCGCAGGCUCAAGAAUAUCAGCUACGUCGGCUCAACCCGCUACCUCAAGAACGUCAACAACGGCAAAUCCAUAUGCGCCCUCAAGAUCUUCAACAACGUCAAAUCUGUACACAGCCUCAAGGACUUCAACUGCGGCAGAUUCGUAUGCAACCUUAAGAACAAUUUCAGCGGCGUCUGCGACAGUGGCUCCUCCUGCGUCCUCAAGAAUGUCAAAAGGAGCCGCUCCGUCCAUGACCUCCAGUACGUCAACUAAAGCAACGGUGGCCUCAAACCGGUCGAUGACAUGGCAGCCAGGUGCGCCCACCUCAAGAACGGUUAGAAUGACAACCCCACCUUUGUCUGCGAAAACAAGUAGUAGUCGUGCCGCGCCCACACGUCCAGCACACACCCAUGAUCUCCAUCCAUGUAGGUCGUCCAUCUUCAUUGAAGUUAAGUGCGUUGAGACCAAUUUAGUUACGUUGCAGUAA